AUGAAAUUAUUUGCCUGUCCUUUAAAUGAGAAGGCCUGUAUGUCAGCAAAAUCUGAAUAGGUGGCUUAAUUAGGGAAAAAUUAUGAGCAGACAACUAAUCCAGGUCAUUUCAAUAAGUAUUCAAUUUGCUUUUGGAGCUUGCAAGGUACUCAUUUCUUUAAUAAAACUGAUGUUCCUAAAAAUGCUAGAUUAAACAUAAGUAUCGAUGUGAGCAAAAACGUGUACACUUAUAUAAUUACUGGCUAAAGUCCGACAUAAACAACUAAUCAAUACACUAUUCCAGAAAGCUAUAAUGAUUAUAAUUAUUCUUUUCCAGCUGACUAAAUAAUCUAUUUGAUAACAGUAGCUUAUGAGAAGCAACCUUAGUUCAACUUUACCUAUGGGUACUACAUUUAAAAAAAUGCAUCAACUGAGAUUUCAUGCUCUUAAGGUUUAAUAGUUGAAAGAAAUGGCACUAAGGUAUGUAAUAAUCAGAGUAACGUUAUUCCUGAAUUGCCUAAAUUUCCAUAGAGGCCUAUUAAACAAGGGCAUAAUGAAACUUUGAAUAUAAUUCAAAAUGAAACAUAGACCCCAAGAUACUGCAUUAUUCUGAUCUUAUGCCUAAACAUUCUUGGGUUCUUUAUGUAUUUCAUAGUAAAAGUCUUAGAGAAAAAAUAUAGCAAAAACCCACGAAAGCCAAAAGUCUAGAAUACUGAGAUGAAUGAUUUCGAACUAAAACCCCUAGAGGAAUAAGUUCCUAAUCCUGAUGAUAACUUUGAAUUUAACCAAAGAGAAUCAGAUGGGCCACUGAAUAUUAAUUCUGUAGAAGACAAAGGAGAUGUGGAUAUAUUUACUUCAGAACGUUUAAAUAAUUCUAAACAAGAGCUUAUUGCUUCAGACUCAGACAUAGAAAGAUCUAGUCCGACUAGAAGCUAAAAAUCAAGAUAAAAUGAAAAGCAUUUAAGAAGCGUUAGCAGUGGGAGUCUGAGCAAUUUGAACUCCAAGCUUGUUGAAAACCUCUUUGAUAUUCAUAGCAAUAGCAUUAAAGUUAUGAAUGAGCCAACUUAACAGAAUUCAGACUUUUUUGGAAAUAAUAAUUUUAUACAGUCAAGAAAUAACUACCAAUCUUCUUAAUAGAUCUCUAAGAUUAGCUCUACAUAUUAAAGUGGUAGUAAGUAAGAUGACUAUGAGAAUGUUGAGUUAAAAACCAAAUAUUCUUAGGAUUUGUCCAAAGAGACUCGGAAAACAAGUUUUAAAGAUGAGAAAUAAUUGAGAAGUAUCUUUGACUUCAAACCUGGUCAGCAAAGCAAAAUUAAGGUCUAGAUAUAGGAAGCAAAUCAUUAGAGCAGAGGCUCGGUAUUGGAUAAUAUUAGAGAUGUUAAAACACUACAGCCAAAUUUUCCCCCACUAAAAAAGUCUACUUCUUAUCAAUUUUAAACUAUGGAUGAUUAGUUUGAGGAAAGAAAAACCUAAUUUACCAAGAGCCAAUAGGUUAAAUUUUUUGAAGGUGAGGAGAAUACUAGUUAGGUGCCUUAAAGAUUUAAAAAUAAAACAAAGAUAAGAUUUAAUGAUGAAAUGGAUUGA